AUGAUUGCAAUAUUUAUCAGUGUACCAAUAUUUGUACUAGUAGUUCUCGGUUGCUUCUAUGCUUAUUACAUACGGGGGAGGAAGGAAAGGGAAACACCAACAGAUGAACAAAGAAUCGAAGAUAUUCCAUUACAACAGAGUGUUGGAGCUCCAACAAGCUUUGAUUUCCCAGAAAAAAAUAUACAAGAUGGAAAUCAAAUGAGCUCUUCAGAACUGCCCCUAAUGGAUUUUGAUGCUAUAAAAGUAGCUACAGACAAUUUUUCAGAUUCGAAUAAGCUUGGACAAGGUGGGUUUGGCACUGUGUACAAGGGCAAAUUACCAAAUGGAAAAGAAGUAGCUGUAAAAAGGCUAUCGAGAAAAUCAUGGCAAGGUGUAGAAGAAUUCAAGAAUGAGAUAAUACUAAUCGCAAAACUUCAACAUAGGAAUCUUGUAAAGCUUUUGGAUCUCAAGCCUAGCAAUGUAUUGUUGGACCACGACAUGACCGCAAAGAUCUCAGACUUUGGGAUGGCCAGGAUCUUUUGUGAAAAUCAAAAUGCGGCUAAUACUAGAAGAGUUGUUGGGACAUAUGGAUACAUGGCUCCGGAGUAUGCAAUGGAGGGGUUAUUUUCGGUGAAAUCGGAUGUUUUCAGCUUUGGUGUUAUGUUGCUUGAGAUUAUAAGUGGGAAAAGAAACAAUGGCUUCUACCGUACAGAGCAUGCGCAAACCCUUCUUGCUUUCGCAAGGAGACUAUGGGUUGAGGGGAAAUGGUUGGAAUUUGCAGAUGCAGUAAUGUUAAUGGAUACAAAUACAAGGUGGAAGGCAGAGGUGAUGAGAUGCAUCCACAUUGGGCUUUUGUGUGUUCAAGAAGAUGCAGCUGAUAGGCCCACCAUGUCAUCUGUAAUUCUUAUGUUAACAAAUGAAUCCGUACCUCUUCCUCUACCUACAAAACCAGCAUUUGCCUUGGCAACACUCAUUCUUCAACCAAAUCACUCUUCUUCAGUCAUUUGUUCUGUCAAUAUGGCCACUAUUUCUGAUGUUUCACCACGUUGA